UGAAACACUAACGUGGAGCGGUGUUAAAGGAGGUGUGGAUGAUAUUUAAAGAUAAAAACACUAUAAAACAGGACGAGGCUGUUUGAUAGAAGAGGAAAUGGCUGCUCAGAGCUACAGAGUCUGUGUUGUCUGUCGGACAGCGGGUGUUGUGAGGCAGAUGCGCAGGGCGAUGAGCGCAGCUACAAACCCACAGACUACAGUAGAUUUCCUAAAAGGAGAACGACACAGGAAACAUCCAGGUGUGACCAACCUAAAGAUCCUGCAUCUACCAGAGGAGCUCCAGAUGGCUGCGUGCUCAAUAAUUCACAAAGCUCAGGUGUCACGGCUUCCCGCUCGCGUUCUCGGCCUCACCAACUUCCUGUGGAGCAGGAAACGAGCGGUCGAGGAUUCAACUCUGAGACAGAAAGCUAUGAGUCUGGAGAAGAAGCUCUGGGAGAAAGAGAUGGAGAAGAGAGCAGACAUCGAUGAGCAGGCGCUGGACGACCGCAUCAAGAGGAAAGUCGUCUCAGAGCUCAAAAAAACAACAUAUCACUGGACUCCCAUGAAGUAUGAUGAAGAGUUAGGUGUGGUGUACAUGGCUUCUCGGCUGGCCGGAGGCUACGCGGCGGUGAGGAGAGCUCUAAACGAGAUAAAGAAGAGAAAACCCUCUUUCGCCCCUCAGACUCUCCUGGAUUUUGGUUCUGGGCUUGGAUCGGUUGUCUGGGCGUCUCACUCGUGUUGGGGCGACUCUCUGAAGGAGAUGGUGUGUGUGGACAGCUCGGGGCCGAUGAACGUUCUGGCAGAGCAACUCCUCAAAGGUGAUGAUGAAAGAGGAGAACCGCACAUCAAACAAGUGUAUUUCCGACAGUUCCUCCCCGUCUCUCCUAAAGUGCAGUUUGACUUGGUGGUCGCAGCGUUCACACUGUCAGAGCUUCCUCAUGCGAAGGAGCGAGAAGAGGCGGUGAUGACUCUGUGGAGGAAAACAAGCUCCUAUCUGGUGUUGGUGGAAAAUGGGACCAAAGAAGGACAUCAGAUGCUUAUGGAAGCCAGAGACACUUUACUGAAGAAACGAGAGAAGACCGUCCUCGACACCAGACCGGCUUCAGUGUUCGCGCCCUGUCCGCAUGAGCUGAAGUGUCCGAAGAUGACCCGAGAGCCCACCAACCCCUGCAACUUCAACCAGCUGUACCAUCCUCUGCCUCUCUCAGGGCACAACGACCGUCAGACGGAGAAGUUCAGCUACCUGAUUAUGGCUCGGACAGACCCGACAGAGGCAGAGACAGACGACGUGGACUGGGCGAGGAUCGUAGCUCCGGUGCAGCGCAGAACAAGACACGUCCACUGCAGGAUGUGCUGCCCAGACGGACAAAUACAACACCUGGUGGUGACGGCCCGAAAACACAGCAGAGAUGUGUACCGCUGCGCACGGAACAGCGACUGGGGAGAUCAGCUGCCGAUCCCUCAGCAAGUUGAGGAAGACGUCCAAAGUGAUUCGGAGUGAUGAUUCAGCGAGGAAGAAAGAAACAGACACAAAUCAUUCUGUAGACUUUUGAAACCAUGGCAACGCCCUGAAACUGGAACUGUGAUAAGACCCCCGUCCAAAGCAGACCAGUUUUUUUCAUUUUCUCAUGAUCUCCAUGGUUAUAGUAUGCUUGACAUAUUCAGUUUUGAUUCUCCAAUGUCCGACAGAUCAUGUUUAACUGUUUCCAUCUGUCCACACUGACACUUCCUGUCUGGAUGCUUCCUGAUCAGGGCCAGCCCACUCUUUACCCUGCAGUGUCCAAGUCUUAGCCUCAAUAGCUUGACCUCA